AUGUCUACUUACAACUAUAUUAUCAAGUACAUUAUCGUAGGCGACUCCGGUGUUGGCAAGUCUUGUCUACUGCUACAAUUCACUGACAAACGAUUCUAUUCGGGACGUGAGCUGACGAUCGGAGUCGAAUUUGGUACCAAGUUUAUUACUGUCGAUGACAAGCAAAUCAAGCUUCAAAUAUGGGAUACGGCUGGUCAAGAAAGCUUCAGGAGUAUCACCCAAAGUUAUUACCGUGGAGCUGCUGGUGCUUUGUUAGUAUACGACAUAUCAAGGAGGGAAUCUUUUGAGCAUAUACCUACAUGGCUUGCUGAUGUUCGAAAACACGCCAACCCAAAUACUACGAUUAUGUUGAUUGGCAACAAAAGUGAUCUCGAUCAUCGUAAGCGACAAGUGACAACCGAAGAGGCACAGCGGUUCGCAGAAGAAAAUGAUAUCCCACUAUUCCUGGAAACAUCAGCCAAAAGUGCAGACAAUGUGGAAGAGGCCUUUGUAAAGACAGCAGAAAAGGUGUAUGAAAAGAUACAAGCAGGAGUCUUUGCUAACAAUGAGACAUCCGGCAUUCGAUUGGGAUCGGCUCAAAACAGCGCACUUGCUGAAGAAUCCCAAGCAAGCUGUUGCUCUACGUAG